AUGCAUCUCACACCCAUCCAUCUCCUCUCCACCCUCCUCCUCCUAACCCAAUCUUCCUGUUCUCAAUCCACACCUUCGGACCAAGACUUGAUUUCUGCAGCAGCAAGCGACUACGCAGCCGCAACCUCGGCCAUCGCAUCCAUUUUCUCCGCCGCCACGGGUCCCGUCGAAAGCGUCUUUUCAGACGCAACUGCCGCAGUAGGCUCCAUCUUCUCCUCCGCAUCCACAGGCGCAAACAUUCUAGUUUCUGGUCUUGGGGGUGAGGGGGGAAGUGUAUGGAGUGAGAUUACUGCUACUACUGCUUCCACAAACACAGAGAUACAGACACAAGAGGGGAUAUUGACGGCGAUGGGGACGCCAACAUUCACGUCUGGCAUUGUUACCAGCACCACAGUCGAGGGAACGGGGACUGCGACGUCGUCCAAUGCUGCUUCGAGUGGUGAGUCAGAGGGCAAAAUCAGGAAACAGAGAAGAGCUGAUGGAGUCUUGUUCGCUGCCGUUUUCGCCGCUGUUGCAUAUCUCUAG